AGCUUUAGGGCUCAGCAGGCUGAACAUGUUUUAGGAAAUUCUCAAAAGAGACUUUGAAAAGCUGUGUGAAAGCUAAGCUGUGAACUCAGUCCUCAUCAGGGUGAAUGUCUGAAUGGAGCUGCCAAGAGGUAUGUGCAUCCAUUCCUGUCUUGGCGAGAACCCCAGAAAUGGAUCCAACUCAUCUAAUGAAUCCACAUGUGGAAUCCAGGAUGGCUUUCUUAUGGAGACCCUGCCUGCAAUGUACUCGAUCAUUGCCCUCAUUGGUUUCAUCAGCAACCUCCUGGCCCUCUGGGUGUUCACUUUUGGCACUCUGAAGACAAACUCCAUCACCGUGUACAUGAAACACCUGGCUGUCGCUGACCUCUUGCUCGCCCUUUGUUUGCCCUUCCGGGCGGCUUACCAAAAGCACAACGGUCCUCCCGCUCUCUGCAAAAUGAUAGGCAUGAUCUUCUACAUCACCAUGUAUGUCAGCAUUUUGCUUCUCAGCUUGAUCAGCCUGGACCGCUACUUCAAAAUCAUCAGGCCCCUUCAACAGUUCCGAAUCCACACUGUGCCAUUCAGCAUUGCCAUCUCCAUGGUGAUGUGGCUGAUCUGCAUUGCCACGAUGCUUUGCUUCCUUUUGGACAGCAAUGCAAGCGGGCCCUGUGACAAGUGCUUCCACUUCAAGUACAGAACCAGCACUGCGGGCAUACUCAAUAUGACGGCUGUGGCCAUUUUUUUCCUUUUGCUGUUCCUUUUGCUUUAUUCCUACGGCAAAAUCUCGCUUAGGCUCCGUGCGGUCUCUUUAAAGAAAACGCAGCAGCACAGUAAGAGGAUGAGCACCCGAGCUGUCAUAAAGACUUUUGUAGUCUUGGUCGUCUUCAUCGUAUGCUUCGUCCCCUAUCAUAUGGUCCGAGUACCCUACAUCCUUGCCCAGCUGAGGAUCAUUUCUGAGCAGAAAGUACAGGCCCUCCAUCUUGCAAAUGAACUGGUUCUUUGCAUUUCAACCCUCAACUGUUGUUUUGACCCUGUGAUUUUUUUCUUUCUGUCCAGCAGUUUCAAGAGAUCCCUGUUGGACACCACCCUUCGGAAGCUAAAGUGGGCUUCCCGAAAUAACCAGGGAGCAUUAUAUGUCAGAUAAUCCAUUACAGACUUUGGGGUCCAGGAAAGUGGAGUUGCAUAACUAGGAUGAAUUUCUGGGUAUUAGUUCUUUGUACUAGAUCAGCCUUCCUCAAGAUGGUGACUACCAGAAGUUGAUGGACGGCAGAGAUUAAAAGCCCUAGUUAAGGAUUUCUAAUCCAACAAUUCCAGAAGACACCAGGGCACAGAAAGCUGGCUUAGACAUCAUCCAGUUAAGAUGCUGAUAUAUUUUAAGAGAAGAUAAAAGCCAGUGAUGGGAUUUUUAAUCCCUACUGGGGAUAUGCAUACAUUUGAUUUUUUUUUCUGAGAAGAACGUGGACAAAACAAAAAGGAAAGAGGAUUUAUAUUAAAAAUAGUUUGUGAGAGAAAGCAAAACUGACAAAUUUUGUAUGUCUAGACAGAGAACUGAGUGCAUUGCUCUUAAAAGUUAGUUAAGCUGUU